UUGACCCAUCAUCACAGCACCAAGACACUCGGACAGCGAGGUAGCAUCCGGUUGAAGACAGCUAACCAGCAGAGAGACACCCAUCCAAGCGACAGCAUGAAGAUAUUUGUGACGGUACUCGUGGGGGCCAUGUGCCUGGGCCUCGGCCAGGCUGACAUCAGUUUGACCCAGCCGGGUUACAACUACCGCAUCCAGCAGCAGCAGCAGCAUCAGCAGCAGCAGCAGCCGCCGGUAGUGGCCCACCUGCUGAACCAGCAGCUUCAGCAGCAGCAGCAGCUCCAGCCGCAGCAGUCCUCACACCCGGUGCUGCCGCCCCUGCCACUGCCCUAUCUGCCACCUGGUGGCCAGUUCCAGUCCCAGUCCCAUCCUGCCCCCCGUCCAACCACCGGAUCGUUCCCCAUGCCCACCAACUUCCCCGUCAACUUCCAGACCGCUCCCAUCCAGCAGCAGCGGAGGGCUCGUCCGCGAGUGAGGAUACCCAAGCGGCCCAUCGUCACCAAGAACUUCUUCAUCCACUCGGCGCCGGAGGAGUCCGAGGACGAGGUGCAGGACGAGCUGAACCAGCUGGCCCAGCAGCCGCGCAAUCACUACAACGUGCUGUUCGUCAAGACCCCGGCCCAGACGAACCGGGCGGCCGCUCUCAAUCUGGCCAAGACGCUCAAGCAGGAGAAGACCGUGGUCUAUGUGCUGGCCAAGAAGACGACCGCCUCCGAUCUGCAGGAUGCCAUUGCCGAGACGCCGCAGCACAUCAACAAGCCGGAGGUGUUCUUCAUCAAGUACCGCACUCCCGAGGAGGCCCUGAAUGCCCAGCGGCAGAUCCAAUCGCAGUACGACACCCUGGGGGGCAGUUCGACCAUCACGGACGAGGGUGUGGCCCCCAUCACGUCGGUGGUUGGCUCCCUGGACCCCCCCGAGGAGGAGGAGGAGGUGGAGCAGCCGCUGCAGCAGCCAUCCGAGGGGCACUUCGUGGAGAACGGUGCUGGAAAUGGCAACGGAGGACCCAUCAUCGGCAAUCACUAUCUGCCCGCGAACCAGUUCUAAGUAUUCUUCAUUGCUCGCCACAUCAGAUCUAGUUAGCUGUCAUCAAUGUCCAUAGUUUUAACUUUUAAGUGAAUUCCAAUUGUUACCUAACUCCGUAUUAAAAUAAAUUCAUUAAAAAAAGA